CUGUGGUUCGUGGAUUUUGCAGAGUGGCUAUUGUUGAUACAAAAAUCAAAGAGAUAUGUGCUGGUGACUAAUCGAGAUGCUUUGGCAAAUAAUGUGCACGAGACUGACCAGUGCCUCAUCAGGAAUAUCUAUAGGACUGUUUGUGUUUUGACUGCCACAGGGAUAUUAGGGGACAUCAUGUUAAAAAAAUCACAGCGCCAGUGUUAAUUAAACUCGGUAGUCAUUUAAAUCCGAAGAAAGACCGACUGGUUUACAGACAAUUCUAAAACAUGGGGUCAUUUGAGAAUCUCGAUUACCAUUACGACGGCGACAUGGCCGAAAAUCCGAACGACACAUACUAUAACAAUAGGUAUUGCGAUGUUCAUCAAGAAUACGACGGCUGUGUGUCCAGUGGAUUACCGGAUGUUCGCAUCGCCACGACGAUGCAGAGAUAUGUGCCGCCGAUUCUUACCCUCAUCGGCACAUUGGGAAACAUUUUUCUGUUAGUUGUGAUGAGACACAAGGAUUUUGGAACGUUAUCCGUGUUUGUGUAUUUGCGAGCCUUGGCUGUGUCUAACACAGUCGUGUUGUACGUGAGUACCUUGGUACCUUGGGCAUGUUUCAUGGCGAGCCAGCCACACAUUGCUGACUGGACGGAUUGGGGAUGUCGUCUGUGGACUUUUGUCGUCAACGUCCUUGGACAUUCCCCUGUGUGGUUCGCUGUAGGCAUGGUCAUAGAUCGUUACAUCGUAGUGUGGCAUCCGAAUAAAGCUCUGGAAAUUUGCAGUGUUUUCAUCAGCAAGAUUGUAAUCAUAACGAUUUUGACUGGGCUGACAACGAUUAGUGUGCACGCCAUGUGGACAUACGAAUUGGACAACUUCAUCUGCGUCAUUCCCCAGUAUCCAGAUGACAUCCACUCCAUGGCAUGGCCGUGGAUAUGGGAUACGUUUUACUACUUUCUACCCUUGUUGUCAAUUUUAAUGUUUUCAGUUUUGACACUGAUGGGAUUCUGUCUUAAGAAAAUCCCGCAGGGCCAUCGUUCGCCCAACCGCCCAGAUGAGAAAGAAGCUACUAUCACUACUCUUAUAUUGUGUAUGACGUUUUUCCUAUUGGCCGCUCCGGCUACCACUGUUAAAAUUAUGGAAUCCCAAAUUCCAGACUCUUGGUUAUACGACAUAGUUAUCUUAAGGCAAGUGCAAAUUACGCGUAGUCUUGUGCAAAUGCUCUCAGCAGUUAACAACGCCAUCACCUUUUUUGUCGUAGUGAUUGUUUCCUCGUCAUUUCGACUAAACAUUAAGAGGCUCUGUCUCGAUAAUUGCUACUUGCGCAACCUAUUGCGAUUGCCGGAAGACAGUAAAUUGAGACAGGAAAUGGCGACCACGCAUGUGUCCAUCGAAGAUUCGUGCACUGAGACAACGCCACUGUGAAAAGUUGAUGGCCUUUCAUGUCAAUUCAUUUAUAUGGUGAUGAGGAUAUUGCUGUGUUUUGCCUGAAAGGCAAUGUUAAUCCUGAAAUAUUCGUUGGAAAUUAAAAGUGUGAUUUUUUGUAGAACUGCCGAAUUGUCAUAUUUUAGGCUGCUUGAAGCAAAGAGGAAGACAUAAUUCCUUGAUUUCAUUCAUGAAUCUAUUAGAUAGUUGUAAAUGGGAGCUGUGCUUUUCUUUAUUGUUUACGGUAGCAGGAACAGCUUACGAUGAUAUAAGUCAUUCAUUCAUCUGUGUUCAAUUUCACGAGCUGGAUCGCCAGGGUGUGUAAUUAACCAGCCAUCGGCAAAUUCAAACUGUCAGCUUCUGCUAGGGAUAAACACAGUUCAAACCGAAUGUGCUUUGUUAUUAACCUAACAUGCAUGUACUGACCCAUUUCCGUGAGAUUUAAAAUUCCUCUCGUGCUCUCUGCUUUGCACGUAGCAUACUGCUCGCGCAACUAGGGAUUUUUGUCAGCAUAUAACUUCUUCAAGGGAUUUGUCAGGAUUAUAACUGGACGAGCUUUAUAAUACCAGGGAUACUGUGUAAUUAACGUACGUCCAGCUGAGUGCAGCUCUCAUUAAAUGACUAAUAAGGUAUUAUGCUCCAGAGAAUAUUAACGAUACACGACGUCUAAAAGAACAAUACCGAUGUAAUAUUCUGUUUCUGAGGUAGAUGGAAUAGUUAUCAGUAGUUCAUAUUCACUACUCUGGCUUUAGCGUGGUGCGUGGCAUCAACCGGGCCGUCGGAUUAAUAAUCUCCUCUCCUGGCAGGCGUAAUGAUAUGUUGUUUAUGUGAGUAACCUCAAA